GUUUUUGUUGUCCCUAUAUUCAAUGACCAAUCUUGAAUAUAUCUAUGGUUUUUGAACUAACCCAACACUAUGAAAUAGUAGUUUCAAAAACAUCUCUCUUCUCUCUCUCUUUCUUAAGAGAUGUCGAUGAUGAGCAAAAACAGAAGCAGCAGCAGCAUCGCCAUGGGAACACCAUCGUUCCUUGAGUUGAAGAAACAAGCUUCUUUCUUCUUCAAAGAGAAGCUCAAAACUGCGCGUUUGGCUCUCACUGAUGUCACUCCUCUUCAACUAAUGACCGAGGAAGCUACGGAUGGUGAGUCAUGGGGGCCAAAUACACAAACCUUAGGAUCCAUUUCUAAGGCUGCUUUCGAGUUUGAAGAUUAUUUGCGGAUCGUUGAUGUUUUGCACAAAAGAUUGGCAAGGUUUGAUAAGAGAAACUGGAGAAUAGCUUACAACUCACUCAUAGUUAUUGAACAUUUGCUCACUCACGGACCAGAGAGUGUCUCGGAUGAGUUUCAAUGCGAUAUAGAUGUUAUCUCUCAAAUGGAAACUUUCCAACGCAUCGAUGAGAAAGGGUUCAAUUGGGGAUUAGCUGUUAGAAAGAAAGCAGAGAAGGUGUUAAAGCUACUUGAGAAAGGGGAAUUGCUCAAGGAAGAGAGGAAGCGUGCUCGUGAGUUAUCUCGAGAGAUUAAAGGUUUCGGUAGCUUUGACCACAAGUCUUCAUCUCGUUGUAUGUCAGAGAAUGAAGUCUUACAAGAUUCUCCAGUCUAUAGGAAAUGCAAUUCCAACUUUACCAAGUACAAUGAGGAUGACCAAGAGAACAACUCAAUGGUUUCUUCUAAUGAAACCAGUCUCUUUCCUCAGCCGCUGGUAACUGAUCAGAACGAGGAGUCUAGGACAGGUAUGAAAGAAAAUAUGAAUCCUGAAGAUGAUGAGAAGACAGAGGUAAACCCACUUUUGGGUUGUAAUAAACGGGAUGGUCAAGAUCUAGCGGACGAAGACGAGAACCAUCCAUUUACGGAUGGCGAAAAUAAAGCAUACAGUAGUAGUCUCAUAGCUUGAUGAGAACGCAGAUUGAUAAUUUUUAAAAUGAAAUCGCGGUUGUGUAAAAGAGAGAAAACUCAAGAAGAAGAUAAUGUGUGUAUACCAAUAUGCAUACAUAUAUAAUAAUAACACUUCUGUUAAUGACUGAUCUGUUUUUAA